AUGAUCAUUGAUUAUGGCCAAUUUGGGGAUGUUGUCAGUUUUGAUACAACAUACAAAAUUAAUAAAUGUAAUUGGCCUCUUGCUGUGUUUGUUGGAUUCAAUCAUCACCGUGAGAUUAUUAUCUUUGGUGCGGCUCUCAUGUAUGAUGAAACAGCCGAGUCAUUUAUAUGGUUGUUUGAGACUUUUUUGAAGGCGAUGUCUGGAAAGGCUCCAAAGACAAUAUUUACUGAUCAAGAUGUUGCAAUGGCAAAGGCUCUUCGACAAGUUAUGCCUGAUGUAUACCAUAGACUCUGCAAAUGGCAUAUGAUGCAAAAUGCCUUAAAGCAUGGACACGGUUUUUUGACAGAUGAAGGUGGAAUCACAGGUUUUUUGUCAAAAUUUAUGGAAAAUAUUGAAGAGGAAGAUGAGUUUAUAUCUACCUGGGAUGCUAUGCUUGAUAAAUAUGCUUCCCGUGACGAUCCUUGGUUGAGUGGCAUCUAUGAUCUAAGAGAAAAAUGGGGCUUUCCUUAUGUUAAACGGCCAUGGUCAGCUGGAAUAAGAAGCACUCAAUUGAGUGAAAGCUUUAAAUCUACCUUGAAAAAUUAUUUAGACUCUGACCAGAAUGUUUCAGAAUUUUUUACACACUUUGAGAGGAUGGUUGCUGAUAAAAGGCACAAGGAGUUAGAAGCAGAAUAUGAUUUGUGCUUCAGGUUACCUAUUGUGAAAAUGAAUGUCAAAAUGCUAUAUGAAGCAAGAAAGGUUUACACUAAAGUAAUCUUUGAAGAGUUUCAAAAUCAAUUUGAAUCGUCCCUUGAAGCUUCUAUAACAAGUUGUGUUGAUACAGAUGAUGGUGGAAAGAUGUAUACAAUCAUUAGAGAUGGUUAUUCUAGAGAACGCAAGGUGAAGAGAGAUGUUGGUGAUAUACUAUCUUGUAGCUGCAGAUUGUUUGAGAUGAAAGGGGUUAUAUGUAGACACAUGAUCAAGGUCCUUAGAGAAGUGAUGCAAAUAAAAGAAGUUCCUGAGCAUUAUAUCUUAAAGAGAUGGACCAAGAAAUCUAGAGCUGAAAGUGUUCAAGACAUGCACGGGCGUGAAAUCCAAGCAGACCCUAAGUUGCAACAAGCCUCUAGGUAUAGGUCCUUAUGUUCCACCUACAUUCGCAUAUCAAUCAGAGCUUCUGAACAUGAAGAAGCAUACAAAUUAGCCAUGACUAAUGCAGAGAAGGUAGCAAAAGAAGUCGAAGACUUGCUAAGGUCUGAAAUGAAUGAUAAGGUAGAUGAGAAUGGUCAUACAACUCAAUCCACUCCCACUGGACAACUCAACGCAAAUGGUACUGUGGUUACUCCUGAUUCAAUGGAUAAUGUGUACAAGGUGACUCUCGAUCCAUCGAGUAAUGCAGAGAACGGUGUUUUUGAUCUAACAACUGAAGCUUUAAAUCUGACUCUUGAUGGUUGUGUAGGUUUGCUGCAGACCGUAACUUCCCUCGGCCUCGCCGCCCUCCGCCUUGACAUCUCUAACCCUAACCUCGUCUGCGCCUUCCUCUACUCCAACACCACCCUCCUCCUCACCAUCCCCAACGCGUUGGUCCUACCUCUCGCCACCAACCGCACCAACGCCCUCCGGUUUGGUUUCAAGACCUCUCUCCCUCACUCCUCCACCGACCCCGACACCAAUGGAACGGCGUUGUUAGCUCCGCCUCCACUUCUUCCUCCGGCAACGGUGAAGAAGAAGUCGUUCGCGGUUGCGACGAGGGAGUUGUUCCCUAGGCCUGGCGUCGACGGAAAGUGA